AUGAGCCGAGAGUCUACGUAUACUUUGAACUCGCUCUAUCAUAAGAAGACCAUGGAUGCAGAUACCCAAGCUCUCGUCGACAGGAGAUCUGGCGAAUUGGUCCAAUGGCACAUAUAUUGGACAACACCGGCUCUCAUAGUCGCAUUGUUCAUGGCAGGGUUUGCGGCGGCAUUGGGCCAUCACUUGUUUUACAUGCAUCUCAAUGGGAAGCCGGCCACCGAGCAACUGAAGAUGGUGCGAUAUGGUACAGCCUUGGCCUUCUUUGUGAAAAGUACACUGGUUGGAACUGUCAUUAUGUGCAACCGUCAGCGCAUAUGGUAUACCUUCCGACGAAAGGCGAUGACGAUCAAUGGUAUUGAUGGCCUGUUCUCUGCAACGGAAGAUCCGACGCAGUUUUUCCUCAACUGGGAGAUGAUCAGAAACGGCAAGCUUGCUACGCUCAUGGCAGCCUCCGAAGAGGAAAGGAGAGAUGUAGAAGACGAUUCCGCGACAACGGGUACAGGAAGCUUCUUCGACUACUACGAUCAGCCGUCAAAGAACGCGCGCCGCUUGGCAUUCAGUAGCGUGUACAUGCAGAAGCCACAGCCUCGCGAAAACGCUUCUACCGUAUUUUGCGGAUCGGGCUGGAAUUGUACAUACACCAUAAGCUUCGUGGGACCCGGCUACCAGUGCGAGGAUGUCGAGAACACUGAUGAAUCCAACGCGCCAUUCGCAUUGUCUGAACUGGCGCCGAAUGGAAGCCUUGUAUAUAAUGCUGAUGUUGAUCAAGGUAAUUACGGGUAUCAAGAUCCAGCGAAUGGUACAGGGUCUUUAGGCGUAUUCGAGAACGAACCAAAUCUCUGGAUUGGCUACGCCAUCAAUACCUCCAAGCCGUACUCGCACGAUGCGGAACCGGAGUACACGGCCAAAUGGGGAAAUGUACAUGACCGUCCCAUCGAACCUCAGAAGAAUGCCGAAGAAUACAAAGUAACGGCUUCCUUUCAUACUCUGGGUACCCUCCUACGACGCUUCCUGCGUGGCAAGAUCGAAAAGCAGAAGAUCCUCAUAACCUACUCAGAUCUAUCUGAGACGCGUUUAGUCAACAGCAGCACCUCGUACCCGUUGGUAGACCUAAAGACAGAGAUACAAGACCUUUUCGAAGAUAUCCUCAUCACACUUCUCAACGACCCGAAUCUAGUCGUAGUCCAGACUCAAGAAGUGCCCUGCACAAAGUCACGAACCAUGAUGGUAUACGUAUAUUACAAGCACUCUCUUUGGAUCGGCUACGCAAUCGUCAUCGCAAUCACUUUCGCUUUCAUCCUGGUCGGCGCGUGGUCGCUCCACAUGAACGGGGUAGCGUCCGAUGUGCUCUUCUCUCGCAUCAUGGCUACCACCCGCAAUCCUACGCUGGAUCACCUGAGCGUUGGGGCGUGCUUGGGUGGGGACCCGUUCCCUAAGGAGCUGGCGAAGACGAAACUACGCUUCGGUGUGCUCCUUGAGGAUGAUCCUAGGGAGGGGCCUUUGGGCAAGGUGGAGCAUUGCUGCUUUGGCACUAUGGGUGAGACGAAGGAGAUUGUCAAAGGUGGCACGUAUGCGGGACUGAAGGAGUAUAGGGUCGAUGCAUGA